AUGUUAAAUAAUGAAAUCCAUAUAGGUAUAGAAAAUCAAAAUCAUAAUUCUUUUGAUGAUCUUGAAAAGAUGGAUACUCUAGCUAAACCCAUAACUAUUUCUAUGAUUAAAAUUCAAUAUACAAAAGAGCGUAUUUUAGGAAUCAAAAUAAAAUACAGAGGGAUGGAUGGGAAAACUAUUGUUGGUUAAAGUAGUAGAAAGUUUAAAUUAUUUGGAGUAUAUUUUGAGAAGUUUAAAAUAGAUAAGGGUAAAAAAAUAUAGAGUCUAAAAGAUUAUUAUUGAAAUAUUAUUAUGAAUUAUAUAAGGAAUCUAUAAAUAUUAUGAGGUGAUUGUAUACAAGAAAUCUAUGGAUAUGCAAAUACUACUAUUAAUUAACUUGGGUUCAAAACAUACAAAGGUCAGAAGGUUAUUUGUGGAUCACCUAUAGGUUCAGCAUUCUCUUACUAUAUACCAAAUCAUACUUUCAUUGCAGCGAAAGGAUCACACAAUUAAUUUUUAGAGUAUCUUAGUUUUAGAAUUAUCCCAUUAACAAAAGAGUAAAUCACAUAUUUGGUAUACUAUAUAAAUAGGAUUAAUAGGGAGAGAAUUCUCAAAAAAAUAAGGUAUAAUCUUUUGAAAAAUGA